AUGGCGAAGAAAAAAGAAAACGUGAUUGCAGAAGAGGAUGAAUUUUUCCGAAGUAUCAACGAAAAAGGCGUGGAUGACAUUUCUUUGGAUUUUUUCUACAAACCUCAUACCAUAACGCUUCUAGCGAUAUCCAUUAUUGGACUGUUUUACACGGCAUUCACACGAAAUGACAGUUCUCACAAUGAUAAUAUACAAGCAGGAUUAUGUAGUGUGGUAUUUUUCUUCCUCAUUAUCAGUGUUUUAGCUUUCCCUAAUGGUCCCUUUACAAGACCCCAUCCUGCAAUAUGGAGAAUGGUCUUUGGGUUGGGUGUAUUGUAUUUUAUGAUGUUAAUAUUUGUGCUGUUUCAAAGUCGGACAGCCGUCAGACAGAUGUUAGUGUGGUUAUAUCAAGAUUUAAAAGAUACAGGCCCAGAUGAAAAGGAAUAUGCUGUGAAUUGUUCGAGUAUUACAUGGAGUCGGCUAUACGAUGGAAUUGAUGUUUUUGCUCUCUCUCAUUUUACUGGUUGGACUCUGAAAGCUCUACUCAUCAGACAUUAUGGUAUUUUAUGGACCAUUAGUAUUAUGUGGGAGCUGACAGAGGUUGCCUAUGCUCAUUUAUUACCCAAUUUUGCUGAAUGUUGGUGGGAUUCAUGGAUAUUAGAUGUGUUAUUAUGUAAUGGAUUGGGUAUUUGGGUGGGAAUGAAGAUCUGUGAAAGGUUAGAGAUGAGAAGCUUCCAUUGGGAAAGUAUAAAAGAUAUUCACUCCGCUACUGGUAAAUUACGUAGAGCUGUAUUACAGUUUACACCAGUUAGCUGGACUCUAGUGCGUUGGUUGGAUCCAAAUUCUACCAAAAUGAGGAUUAUUGCAGUCUGGCUGUUAAUAGUCUUCUUUCAGUUGGUUGAAUUGAAUACAUUUUUUUUAAAACAUAUUUUCUGGGUGCCCCCACCCCAUCCGAUCAACGCAAUUCGCCUCGUUUUAAUAUGUCUUAUAUCAGCUCCAUCUAUAAGACAGUACUAUGUAUAUGUGACAGAUACUCAAUGUAAGAGAGUUGGUACAAUGUGCUGGAUAUUUUGUGCAAUAACAUUAACUGAAUCAUGUAUAUGUAUCAAGUUUGGGUUGGAGUUAUUUAAACAGACUGAGUAUACUUACGUUAUUGCUUGGAUUGUCUCUCAGGUAAGCUGUUUGUCUUUGUUCUUAACAAAUUUCAGAGCCCGGUGGUUUGAUCUUUGUUUGUUAGCCUGA